AAAGCGCUUAGGGUGCGUCCGAGACUUGAGCACCAUGGGAGACCUGGACGACCACACGCCCGAUGAGAUCUACUGCGACAGCCAAGUAUUCGACAUUGACUUCCACCCGCAGGCGGACAUUGUCGCUGUUGGCUGCAUUGACGGCAUCGUCCAAGUGUACAAGUACUCAGAGGAGGCGAAUACGAAGGUUCUGGAGCUGAAGAACCACCAAGAGGCUGUGAGAGCGCUGCUAUUCGCCCCUGAUGGACAAACUCUCUACACAGCGUCGGCUGACAAAUCGAUUCGCGCCUUCGACACGCUGGGAAACCCCACGUGGGCCGAGAUGCGAGCGCACGAUCACCCCGUAAACCGCCUACAUGAGCUGUCGGCAAACAUAUUCGCAAGCGGUGACGACCAGGGAAUGAUCAAGAUUUGGGACACACGGCAGCACCGCUGUCUAGCCGAGUUCAAGGAGCACAACGACUACAUUUCUGGCUUUGCGACGAACCCAGCACAGGAUCAUUUGCUGGCAACUAGUGGCGAUGGACGCUUGUCGGCCUACGAUCUGCGCAAGAACGUACUGGUAGGCAAGAGUGACGAGCUGGACGAUGAACUGCUCUCGGUGGCAGUCAUCAAGAACGGCAGAAAGAUUGUAUGUGGCUCGCAGGACGGUGUACUGGUGAUUUUCAGCUGGGGUACGUGGGGAGACAUGUCGGACCGCUUCCCCGGCCACCCAGACUCUGUCGAGGCUUUGCUCAAGGUGGACGAAGACACUGUUCUCACGGGAUCAAGUGACGGCAUUGUUCGUGUGGUACAGCUACACCCGAACAAGCUGCUUGGACUUAUCGGAGACCACGAAGAUCUCCCUGUGGAAAACCUCAAGUUCUCUCACGACAAGAAGAUUAUUGGCAGCGUUUCGCACACGAACAAGGUGCACUUCUGGGAUGUGGGUUAUCUGUUUGAGGAGGAUGACGGAGAGGACGAUGCGGACGAAAAUGAAGAGAAGGCUCCGGCCGGAUUGCCAAUGGACACUGAGAUGCAGAACGCAGAUAGUGACAGCGACAGCGAUGGGUCGGACAUGGGAGACGCCUCUGGCGGUCGUAGAGCAUUCCCGACUGCUAAUGAGCAGUUCUUUUCGGACUUGUAG